AUGACUAUGCGAUCAUCUUUACCUUCUUCCUCUUCUUCUUAUUCACUCGCUUCUACAAGUUUGAGCAAUAGACUUGAGACGCAAGAAAAGCGUUACUCUUCAUGGGUUCAGAACAAGAAGAAGAAGAAGAAGAACAAGGGUUUGAAGAAUCCGAACAAGAAGAGGAAGACGAGUCUUAAGAAGAACAAGGGUUUGAAGAAUCCGAAGAGGAAGACGAGUCUUAACAAUGUUUUAAAGUAUCCACUCGCUGAUCAUUACUCUCCUGACCAAAUUUCACAACUAAUUCAGUCCUUAGAACCUCAUGUCUCUAAAACCCAAUCUUUGAACCCUAGCCAGUUCUCGUUGUUUAUGUACAACCAUGGAGAUAAUACUCUCUCUCAGAUCCCAGUGACUGCAUCAAAUUUCAAUCAGGAUUUCUCCGCGUUACUACAAGAAUCUGGCUUGAUGAAGCAGGAGCUUUAUGGUUAUGAUUAG